GUUGGCCGGAAGAUGACAGAAUACAAGCUAGUGGUGGUUGGAGCUGGUGGUGUUGGAAAAAGUGCGUUGACUAUUCAGCUUAUCCAGAACCAUUUUGUUGAUGAAUAUGAUCCUACGAUAGAGGAUUCUUACAGAAAGCAAGUAGUCAUUGAUGGAGAGACCUGUUUGUUGGACAUCUUGGACACAGCAGGCCAAGAGGAGUACAGUGCCAUGCGAGACCAGUACAUGCGAACAGGAGAAGGCUUUCUUUGUGUCUUUGCCAUCAACAACACCAAGUCCUUUGAAGACAUUCAUCAGUACAGGGAGCAAAUCAAGAGAGUGAAAGACUCUGAUGAUGUCCCCAUGGUGCUGGUGGGGAACAAGUGUGACCUUCCUGCCCGAACGGUGGAGACACGGCAAGCCCAAGAGCUGGCCCGGAGCUACGGGAUUCCCUACAUAGAGACGUCAGCCAAAACUAGACAGGGAGUUGAAGAUGCCUUCUAUACUUUAGUGCGAGAGAUCCGGCAGCACAAACUACGCAAGUUGAAUCCUCCAGAUGAAAGUGGCCCGGGCUGCAUGAAUUGUAAAUGUGUGAUAUCAUGA